AACGUCGGCGUGUGUGUAUAUAAUAUCUGCUUUAGAUGUUUAUCAACUAACACAAAAUGACAACAAAAAUAGCGUCCGGGGUGGGAUGUAAAUGGAUGCAAGCUUAUGUGAAGGUGCCAGCUCAAAGAAGAGGAGUGCACAAGAUCACCAAACUUUUGACAGCGCUGCCUAUCAAAGAUAUCAAGAUAGGAACCAUGAACAUUGUUAUUCAGCAUACGUCAGCUAGUUUAUCGCUAAACGAAUGCUGGGAUGAUAGCGUAAGAGAUGAUAUGGAGAUGAUGUUGAAUCGGCUUGCUCCACAAAACGCGCCAUACACACAUACGUUAGAAGGUGCAGACGACAUGCCUGCUCAUGUGAAAUGCAGUCUGAUGGGAUCGUCACUGACGAUUCCUAUUACGGAAGGCAAACUCAAUCUUGGUACUUGGCAGGGUAUAUGGCUGUGCGAGCAUCGUGAUCAUGGUGGGUCUAGAAACUUAGUUGUUACUAUACAAGGCUGUGAAUAGAUAAUACGUUGGUAGUAAACCAUUUCAAAAGACGUGUAUCGAUAAACUAAUUUUGUUACAAAGGACUUUUGUAUUUACAUUGGCUACAGUUUCUAUUCCUUGCUGUUCAUAUGAAUUUGUCGUGCGAUUAUUUGAGAAAGGAUUCAGCGCUUAACCAAUGCAUUGUCGUGGUAGUAGUUGUCACAUGUUAGUUGGCUGGGUUGAAAAAGAGCAAUACUAUUUUAAUUUUAUUUUUUUUUAAAUUUUUACAUGCCUUUGUGUUAUUUAGAGGGCGGGAAUUUGGUUGCUACAAUCUUUUACGACUAUAAAACAAU